AUGCCGGAGAUGUACUACACAGUUGCAGCUGGAAGACAGCAACACGACCUCAGGUAUUCCCUGGAUGCCACUGAAGAACCUUUACAAUUUGCAGUGCCAUUCACACUCUCCAAGAUUGUACUGAGAUUCCUAAUUCCAGUAACAGUCAUCUUUACAUGCUAUAUGUUGACUCUCAAAGCAUUACUACAACUCAGUAAACGUCAGCAAAGAAGGAACAGACUUGUUAGACCUCUGUUACUGAUUUCAGCCGCUAUGACUGUAUUUGCUGUUUCUUUCAUACCUUAUCAUGUCAUGAUGAUGCACUGCUCUGACUGGACUGUGCCAUCAGUAACAGUCAUGAUGCUUAUGGCUGAACUUCUUGAGCACUUGCAGAGAGGCUUUCUAGAAGUACUUCAUUUUAAUGCUGCUGGCACUGGAGUUCCACUGACACUGCCAGUGGACUCUCAUUACCCCAGGGGAGCGUGUCGUUCUGCCAUGAACCCUAAACUCAUCAACAGGGAGAAGCGUGCACAGGAAAAGUUCUGA